UCCCCUAAUAAUUUAAGAUUUUUUCAGGCAGUUUCAAAGAUGAGAGUUGCAGUGAUUGGAGCAGGUAUUAGUGGUUUGGCUUCAGCUCAUGUUCUUGCAAAAGCCGGUGUCAACGUUGUCCUAUAUGAGAAGGAGGACUACUUGGGCGGACAUGCAAAAACUGUAACCUUUGAUGGUGUUGAUUUAGAUCUUGGUUUCAUGGUUUUCGAUUCCGUUACAUAUCUGAACAUGGUAGAGAUGUUUGAGAGUCAUGGGGUUGAUAUGGAGGCAUCCGAUAUGUCUUUUUCAGUGAGCCUGAACAAAGGUCAGGGUUGUGAAUGGGGCAGCAGGAGUGGGAUGUCCAGCUUGUUUGCACAGAAAACCAACGUCUUCAAUCCGUACUUUUGGAACAUACUGAGAGAAAUUCUAAAGUUCAAGGAUGAUGUGCUCAGUUAUCUUGAAGUGCUUGAGAACAACCCAGAUAUUGAUCGUAAUGAAACGUUGGGGCAGUUUGUCAAGGCACGGAGUUACUCUGAAUUGUUUCAGAGGGCAUAUCUGGUCCCCAUAUGUGGUUCAAUAUGGUCUUGCCCAUCAGAGGGAGUUAUGGGGUUUUCAGCCUACUCAGUUCUCUCACUUUUCCGCAAUCAUCAGCUGCUUCAGCUUUUUGGCUGUCCUCAGUGGCUCACUGUUAAAGGGGGUUCCCGUCAUUAUGUCAACAAGGUCAAGGAAGAGCUUUGGACCACGGGUUGUCAAAUAAGAACUGGCUGUGAAGUGCUGGCUGUUUCGACUGCUGAUGAGGGUUGCACCUUGUUAUGUGGAGAUGGCUCCCAAGAAAUGUUCACUGGAUGCAUUAUGGCCAUUCAUGCUCCUGAUGCUUUGAGAUUACUAGGAAAUGAAGCCACUUACAAUGAAUCAAGAAUACUUGGUGCUUUCCAGUAUGUCUACAGUUUAUUUGAGGAAGGUGGCACAAUUUUUACCUUUGAAGGAAACAACACAAAAUGCUCUCUGAAAACUGUUAUGAAAGUGCACAAUCCCCAGUUUUACUGGAAGGUUAUGACUCAGGCAGAUCUAGGUCUUGCAGAUGCAUAUAUCAAUGGAGAUUUUUCUUUUGUCGACAACAAUGAAGGUCUUCUAAAUCUCAUUAUGAUUCUCAUUGCCAGCAGAGAUUGGAAUUCAUCCAUCUCCAAACUUAGUAAGAAAAGGGGUUGGUGGACACCAAUGUUUUUUGCAGCUGGUUUAACAUCUGCAAAUUUUUUCUUCAAGCAUCUUUUAAGGCAAAACACUCUCACACAAGCUCGCAGGAACAUUUCUCGUCACUAUGACUUGAACAAUGAACUUUUUGCUCUAUUCUUGGGUGAAACAAUGGCAUACUCCUGUGCUGUGUUUGAGAAGGAAAAUGAGGAACUAAAAGUUGCACAACAGAGGAAAUUCUCUCUUCUGAUUGAAAAGGCAAGAAUUAACAAUGAGCACGAGAUUCUUGAUAUUGGAUGUGGUUGGGGAAGUUUUGCUAUUGAGGUGGUGAAACAAACAGGAUGCAGAUACACUGGCAUCAGUUUAUCUCAGGAGCAACUAAAAUAUGCAGAAAUGAAAGUACAGGAAGCUGGACUUCAGGAUCACAUUCAAUUUCAACUCUGUGACUACCGCCAAUUGCCCAACACUCACAAAUAUGACAGAAUUAUAUCAUGUGAGAUGAUAGAACAUGUUGGCCAUAAAUACAUGGAGGACUUUUUUGGUUGCUGUGACUCAGUAUUAGCAGAAGACGGGCUUCUUGUUCUACAGUUCAUAUCCAUACCAGAUGAACGCUAUGAAGGGUACAGGCUAAGUUCAGAUUUUAUCAAGGAAUACAUUUUUCCUGGUGGGUGCCUGCCUUCCUUAAGUAGGAUAACAUCAGCUAUGGCUGCUGCAUCAAGACUCUGUGUGGAGCAUGUGGAGAACAUAGGAAUUCAAUACUACCAAACUCUGAGAAAUUGGAGACAAAAUUUCUUGGGGAAGAAGAGCGAAAUUAAUGCAUUGGGAUUUGAUGACAAGUUCAUACGGACAUGGGAAUACUAUUUUGAUUACUGUGCAGCUGGUUUUAAGACAAGGACGCUUGGAGAUUACCAGGUUGUAUUUUCACGCCCAGGAAAUGCGGCUGCACUUGGCAAUCCAUACCAAGGUUCCCCUUCGGCCUAUUGAUUCUUUCCCUGAAUCCAUUUACUUAUCUUAUCCCAUUUCUUGUUAGGGGAACUGAAGAAUGUUAUUGGCUCUUUGCGUUUUAUCUGAAUUGAAUAAGAUAAUAAACUCAGGAUUAUGGU